AUGCAAGCAUCGAUCCUCGUCCUUUUCGCCGCAGCGACGAUCGCCUCUGCGGGUAUUAUUGUUGACGGCGGUCAUGGUUACGGCGGCGGUGGUGGCGGCGGCUACGGCGGAGGUGGUGGCUUUGGCGGCGGCGGUGGUGGCGGUGGAGGUGACAUCGGCGUAGCCUCUGUCUCCUACGUCAAGACGCCCGUUGUGAGCGUGGACUACGUCGCUAAGCCUGUAGUCAGUUACGUGGCUAAGCCGGUGGCCACCGUGUCGCAUGCCCUGAAGCCGGUCGUAACGUAUACGACCAUCUCGGGCGGCGGCGGUGGUGGUGGAUACGGCGGCGGCGGCGGAUAUGGUGGCGGCGGUGGAGGCGGCCACGGAGGUGGAUGGCCCUGGUCGUGA